AUGGUGGUGGUGGUGGCGGCAGUGGUGGAGCACGGCGGCGGGCCGGUGACGGUGCGCGAGUUCGACGGCACCAGCGACCGCGACCGCGCCGCCGUCGAGCGCCUCGAGGGCGCCUGCGAGGUCGGCCCCAGCGCCGGCAAGCUCUGCCUCUUCACCGACCUCCUCGGAGACCCGCUCUGCCGCGUCCGCCACUCCCCGGCCUUCCUCAUGCUCGUCGCGGAGGCAGGUGCGGGCGGGGAGGUCGUCGGCGUGGUGCGCGGCUGCGUCAAGACCGUGGCGUGCGGGCGCGGGCAGGACGACCUCUUCUCCAAGGUGGCCUACCUGCUGGGCCUCCGCGUCUCCCCGGCGCACCGGCGCCGCGGCAUCGGCCGGGCCCUGGUGGCGCGGAUGGAGGAGUGGUUCCGGCAGGCGGGCGCCGAGUACGCCUACGUCGCCACCGACCGCGACAACGAGCCGUCGGUGCGCCUCUUCACCUCACGCUGCGGCUACGCCAAGUUCCGCACCCCGUCCGUGCUCGUGCACCCGGUGUUCCGCCACGACCUCGCCCCGCCGCGCCGGGUCGCCGUCCUCCGCAUCCCGACGCGUGACGCCGAGCUCCUCUACCGCGCGCGGUUCGCGGGCGUCGAGUUCUUCCCGCGCGACAUCGACGCCGUGCUGUCCAACCCGCUCUCCCUCGGCACGUUCCUCGCCGUCCCGGCGUCGUCCAAACCGUGGCGCGGCGCCGAGGCGUUCCUGGCGUCGCCGCCGCCGUCGUGGGCGGUGGGCAGCGUGUGGAACAGCAAGGACGCGUUCCGCCUCGAGGUCCGGGGCGCGCCACGGCUGUGGCGCGCCGCGGCGCGCGCCACGCGCGCCGCCGACCGCGCACUCUCGCGCUGGCUCCUCCUCCGCGUCCCGUCCGUGCCCAACCUCUUCGAGCCCUUCGGCAUGCACUUCCUCUACGGCCUCGGCGGUGCCGGCGCGGACGCGCCGCGGAUGGCCACCGCGCUCUGCCGCCACGCGCACAACGUGGCGCGACGCGCGGGCGCGCGCGUCGUCGCCACCGAGGUCGCCGCCUGCGAUCCGCUCCGUGGCGCCGUGCCGCACUGGCCGCGACUCGGCGCCGAGGACCUCUGGUGCAUCAAGCGCCUGGCCGAAGGGUACGGCGACGGCGCGCUCGGCGACUGGACCAAGGCGCCGCCCGGCGCCUCCAUCUUCGUGGACCCGAGGGAGUUUUAG